AACGCCCUCUAUUUCCUCCACGAUCUACCCCCAGAAAGAUAAGUCCUACAACUACAAGACCCACCAGAUUCUGCCAAAACCCAUCAAUUUCAAUCCUCAUCCGCAGCAAAUUUUGAAAACCCAGAAAAACCACUAACAAAGUCGAAUCAAUUUCCUGAUUUCCAACAAACAAUACAAAAUCAUGAUGAAAGUUCCGAUUUUUGCCCUCCUGAUCUGCCUCCUCUUCGUCGCGUCGAAUGGGUACGGCGGCAUGGUCGGAGGAAGGAAGGAGAUCGAGAACGUGAAGACGAACAAGGAGGUUCAAGAGUUGGGGAGGUUUUCGGUAGAGGAGUAUAACAGGCAGAGGGGUACCCAGAAGAUGGACGGCGGCGGAGAGCUUCAGUUCUUGGAGGUGGUGGAGGCGCAGAGCCAGGUGGUUUCCGGGAUCAAGUACUACCUCAAGGUGUCGGCGGUGAGGAAUGGGGUUCACAGGUUGUUCGAUUCCGAGGUGGUGGUGAAGCCGUGGCUCCGUUCCAAGCAAUUGCUCAACUUUGCCCCUCACGGUCCCAAAUGAUUGAUUCGAGUUCGGAUCCAAAAUGUUUAAAAUUGGGGUUUUGGGGUGUCUGAUCUCGAAUCUGUGUUUGUUUGUACCGAAUUACUAAUCUCGAACCAUCUGAUUUUUCUUUUUUGUUUCUGGGUUUUGUUUUGUUAUUCGUGUUGGGGAUCUGGGUUGUAUAAAGAAAUGUGUUCAUGCAGUUGUAUCAAUAAAUGGUGUCUGCUGUGAAUCCGUGAACCGCGUAGUUUUUGUGUUC